UCUUGGUUCAUGAGUGCGGUUAAAAGGAGGAAGACGACCAUGUGGAGACAACCGUCAAAAUAUUUAAGCAGUUUCUCUAUUAAAAAACUGGCAGACCAGCAAACUUUUCCAGCAAAGCCAGGCAUUUUCUCCUUGCAUUCCACUAGUUUAGUACUACCCUUUCUACUCUAUUUUGCAUGUCAUUGCCAGCCAGACUAAUAGCAGCUCCAAAAAUUCAUUUUUUUUUGUCUUGGGGUUCUCUCUUCUUAAGCCAACUUUCUUGGAAUCUUCAUCUUUCUUGAAAUUCUGCAAAAUUAUAGAAUUUAGGGUUAGUAACUCUUAACACCAACCCAGAUAUACAAAAUACCCAAAGUUCCAAACUUUAUUGUUUCCUCCAAGAAAAGAGUACCAAAUCAUAGAAUUUUAAGCUAUACCCAUAAAUGCACUUUAAUUUCUUUCUUGUUUUAAGCAGAUACUAAGCAAUAAAAAUGCUCCUGUUUAGUCAAGAUCGAAAUCUUGUAUUUUUGAUAAUUGAACCCUAUUUGAGAAAAGGCAAAAGGGUUUCUGGAGAAGUAGAGAUCAAGAACUUCCAAGACUGGAUCCAGCAAUGAUAAUGCUUGAGUGUUUGUGCUGGGGAACAUGAGAAAAUUAGGUACAUUUGUUCAUUCUCUUGUUCUUGCUUGGUGUUUUUGUUUGCUUGAAUUGGAAUUGGUCUCUCCCAUCACUGAAAAGGAGAUCCUGCUUCAAUUCAAGGGUAACAUUUCUAGUGACCCUUUUAAUAGUUUAGCUUCUUGGGAUCCUAAUAGAACCCCUUGCGUAGACUUCAGUGGUGUUUUCUGCAAUUCUGCUGGAAAUGUGGAAAAGAUUGUGUUAUGGAACACUAGUCUUGGUGGGGUUCUCUCCCCUGCUUUGGCAGAACUUAAGUCUCUACGCAUCCUCACUUUGUUUGGGAACCAAUUCACUGGCAAUAUUCCUGCAGAGUAUGGAGAGAUUGAUUCAUUGUGGAAGAUUAACUUCAGCUCCAAUGCUUUUUCAGGGUCAAUUCCUGAAUUUCUUGGGGAUUUACCCAAUAUAAGGUUCCUUGAUUUGUCAAGAAAUGUGUACAGUGGUGAAAUUCCUGUGUCUUUGUUUAUGAAUUGUAACAAAACAAGGUUCAUUUCCUUGUCCCAUAACAAUCUUUCAGGUCCAAUUCCAGCAUCAAUUGGAAACUGUCAGAAUCUUGAAGGGAUAAACUUGUCCUUUAAUGGUCUUAGUGGAAGUUUACCUUCACAAAUUUGUGACAUUCCAGGAUUAGUGUACUUGUCUGUGAGGAGCAAUGCACUAUCAGGACUUGUUCAAGAUCAGGUUUCUCCAUGUCAAAGAUUGGAGCUUUUGGAUCUUGGUAGCAAUAAGUUCUCUGGUUUGGCUCCUUUGGGGGUUCUUGAGCUGGUGAAUCUUACAUAUUUCAAUGUUUCAAGUAAUGGUUUUGAAGGGGAGAUUGUUAACUCUGGGACUUGUAGUCAGAAACUGGAAGUGUUGGAUGUUUCAAGGAAUAACUUUUUUGGUGAAAUUCCCUUGAGCAUCGCGAAAUGCAGCGCGUUGAAGUACUUGGACAUGGCAUAUAACAGAAUUAAUGGAAGUAUCCCUACUGAGCUUGCAGAUUUGAAAAGCCUUUCCGUUAUUCGAUUGGGUAAUAAUUUGUUAGGUGGGACAAUCCCAGCCGAACUUGGUAGUAUCGAAUGGCUUGCAGUUUUGGACCUCCAUAGUCUCACCCUAUUUGGUGAAAUCCCAUAUGAGAUAAGCAACUGCAAACUUCUUCUUCAACUGGAUCUAUCUGGGAAUCUUUUAGUAGGAGAAAUACCACAAAACCUGUACAACUUGUCAAACCUUGUAUAUCUUGACUUACAUCAUAACCAACUGAAUGAAAGUAUUCCAUCAACCAUUGGAAAUUUGUCUAACUUGCACUUUUUGGAUUUGUCACAAAAUCUGCUGGCUGGGUCAAUCCCUGUUGGUCUUGGGGAUUUGCAAAAUUUAACUCAUUUUAAUGUAUCUUACAACCUUCUAUCCGGUGCUAUUCCCUCAAUUGAGAGCAUCAAGAAGUUUGGACCCUCUGCCUUUUUUCAUAAUAGUGGUCUUUGUGGUGAUCCUUUAGAAGUUUCAUGCUCUGCCAAUGGCACUACUCCUGCAAAAGGGAAACCAAAAUUGAGUGUCUCGGCUAUUGUUGCUAUUGUCGCUGCUGCAGUAAUCCUUACUGGCGUUUGUUUGAUAACCAUCAUCAAUAUGAAGUCUCGACGGAGAAGGAGGAGAGAAGAUGAAGCAUUCGUGGUAGAGAGCACGCCACUGGCUUCAACAGAUUCAAAUGUCAUUAUAGGAAAGUUGGUUCUUUUCAGCAAGACUUUGCCUUCAAAAUAUGAGGACUGGGAGGCUGGCACAAAAGCCUUGCUAGAUAAGGAGUCUUUGAUUGGUGGGGGGACAAUUGGAUCAGUUUACAGAACUUCCUUUGAAGGUGGUGUAUCAAUUGCAGUGAAAAAGCUCGAGACAUUGGGACAAAUCAGAAAUCAAGAUGAAUUCGAGCAUGAAAUUGGCCGGUUAGGGACCCUUCAGCACUCCAAUCUUGUGGCUUUACAAGGGUACUACUGGUCCUCUAGCAUGCAGUUGAUAUUAUCCGAGUUUGUUCCGAAUGGAAACCUAUAUGAUAAUUUACAUGGACUUAGUUAUCCUGGAACCAGCACUGGUGCUGGUAACCCAGAAUUGAAUUGGCCAAGAAGGUUUCAGAUAGCAGUUGGAACAGCUCGAGCGCUCGCAUAUCUUCACCAUGAUUGCAAACCUCCAGUCCUUCAUCUUAAUGUCAAGUCCACUAAUAUACUCCUGGACACAAACUAUGAAGCCAAAUUGACUGAUUAUGGCCUGAGUAGGUUCCUUCCCCUGCUGGAUAACUAUGGACUAACCAAGUUUCACAAUGCAGUUGGUUACGUUGCGCCAGAGUUGGCACAAAGUCUGAGACUAAGUGAUAAAUGUGACGUUUACAGUUUCGGGGUGAUUCUGCUGGAGUUGGUUACUGGGAGGAAACCAGUGGAGAGCCCAGUAGCUAAUGAAGUGGUGGUCUUGUGUGAAUAUGUUAGAGGAUUGAUAGAAAGGGGUGCUGCUUCGGACUGUUUUGAUAGAAGUUUGAGGGGCUUUGCAGAAAAUGAGCUGAUUCAGGUAAUGAAGUUAGGCUUGAUUUGUACUUCUGAACUACCUUCAAGGAGACCUAGCAUGGCUGAGGUAGUGCAGGUUCUUGAGUCCAUCAGGAAUGGCUUGGGAUCAUAGUAAAGAAUCAGUAGAGCCCUUGGUAUUCUUGAAUUUGGAAUAAGAGUGAUUAGGAGGUGACAGCUUUUGGUACAAAGAGAAGAUUCUUUUGUAUUUGAUUUGUUAUUCUUUUAAUCAAUUGAUCAUUGUAAGUUUACAAUAAAGCCAUUCUUUUCCUGAAAGAUGCCAAUGCAUUUUUGAUGUCUCAUAUACAGCUUGACAAUUUAUAACCA